AUGUCCAGGUUUCAGGAUCUUGAAGAUUUCUUCAGCCGGCGGCUGCUCGCUGCUGUUAACGGAGACCUCUCAGGACGAUCAGCAACAUCUGUGUAUGAAGAGGAGCUCCAACGGCAAAGAAAACUGCUGAGUGUGAUUUUAAUGCCUGAAAUCAAACUGAAGAGAGCAGGUUAGUUCACCUUCUUCUUCCUCUUCCGGAUUGAAACUCUGGAUUGGAUGUUGUGAUCGUUGUUCCGUGUUUGGUGGAGCUUCAUCUGAUCAGUUUUAGUGUCUGUUGUCCCUAGUCUAAAUUUAGAAUGCACUUUCCCACUUUCACGAACCAACACAAAUGAGCUGAGAACAAACAAACUCACUGGACCAUAAGUCAGACAGAUUUAUGGUUCACAUCCAAACCUUAUUCCGCCAAGUUUUUGACUCACUGACAGCCAUAAAUCAAAAUCAGAAAGGAGGAAACCACGAUCAUCCAAAAUGGCCUGCACAAGGAGCUAGUCGCUAGCGCUACCGGUGUUGUGCGGAGAAACGCGCGUCCGCUGAGAAUGACUUUGGGAACAUUCCUCAUCACUGUUUAGCCCCACAAAUAGGAACUGUGUGGGUUUUAAAGUGUACCUUUCCGUGGACCACUCUACUAUAAGCGGUGCGAGUUUCUGCGAGUUACAUGCAAUCUUCGGCGGGCAUGUGUUUCUCGGCACAACACCGGAAACAACAUCAACGAUUGAAAAAUGAGAAACGAACAAGCGAAAACCACCGAAAAGGAAUUGUUAGCAAAAAGAACAGCAACGUCACUGACCUUUGAAGAUUAAUACUUGUUGACAAACAGAACACCAACGUCACUGACCUUUGAAGAUCAAAACCUGUUGACAAAAAGAACAGCAACGUCACUGACCUUUGAAGAUUAAAACUUGUUGGUAAAAAGAACAGCAACGUCACUGACCUUUGAAGAUCAAUGCUUGUUGGUAAAAAGAACAGCAACGUCACUUAUCGGUAAUUAUUUCGGUUACAGAAAGGAUGACGUCACCAAACACCUGUUCUGUGUCGGCAGUGCCUUUCAUCUGUUGCCACAGUAACGUCCCAGCACAAUAAAAGCUAAAAAGAUCUGUGAGACAGACAGAAGCCAUUCUACUUAUAUUUACAAAAACAGGAAGCACAGUCCCCUUUCAAAAUAAGUCUCCCAAUAACUGCACAGCUUACCAGUAGGACACAGAGCUUCCCUUAGGUUAUGCCGCCUUGCAUCAAAAAAGCUUACACCACUUUAGCAAACUUAACUCAUGAAUUCCUUCAAUGUCAACAAUCUUUCAGAAAUCACACAGUCCCACAAAUCCUUCAGUCCCCGUCUGGACCAAGUACCUUCUCCUCUAAACAACAAACAUGGGAAAAAAAAAUAUUCUCUGCUGACAGUUAGCCACUUUUUCUUGGAGGACCACUCCCAGUAAAUCUGUGGUUUGUCUUAUAGGCAGUUUGAGUGACAAUAAUAUAAUAAUAUCCUGUAGCUGAUGGGGUCCAAGCUGCUUUAUUUCCACAUUUCUCUUGUAGAGUCAAGGUUUAAACCUGUGCCACAGUUAAAAAUCUGCCUCGUUCACCUUUAAAGUUAGCCAGCAUUACUAAAAGUUUCUGUCUCUUGUGUUUGGUGGAGCUUCAUCUUAUCAGUUUUAUUGUCUGUUGUUAGCUCAUUACAGUGACUGAAAACUCAAACUUUAAAGGGAUAUUCCAGUGUAAAAUUAAUUUAUGGUCAAACCCACCAUAACACCGAGUUAGACACCCCCCCUCCAGAGAUGAAUGUUUCCGACCGCUUGCUUCUCUAGUUAUACCAACUUUAGUAACGACCGCAGGAUAGAAAUACAGAGAGCCACGCGCUCAACCAAAACGCCACUCUAUAGCCACAAAUAAUGCUCAGAACAGCACCUAACUUCAUCAACAGGACAAAGUUUGUCUCCAACAUAGAUGCCAAGCUUAUCUUGAUGUGUCUUUCUGUACUUUGGUGUUUCCUGCAGGUGUCCAGCAGCUGUCAGUGAUUAAAGAGGAACCUCUUGAGCUCCAGGAGUGGAGCCCUGAUCUAAACCAAAAGGACACCAAGCACAUGCACAUUAAGGAGGAGGAACCCUGGAGCAGUCAGGAGGGAGAGCAGUUUCAAGGGUUUGAGGAGGCUGAGGCCACCAUGUUCCCAUUCACUGCUGCCAUUGUGAAGAGUGAAGAGGAUGAAGAAAAACCUCAGCCUCCACAGCUUCACCCAAAACCAAUUCAAAAGAUGGAAACAGGAGAUGAUGGAGAAAUCUGUGGAGUUUCAGAACCAGCUGGAAACUCAAAUCCUGUGAGUGAUAACAGGUCAGAAGACUCCUCUGAGACUGAGGAUGAUGAUGAUUGGAAGGAGACCAGUGAGGCUCAGUCAGGAUUAAACUCUGGGAAAUUAAUGAAAAGAAGAGGACAGAAAACUGUCAUGAAAUCUCACAGCUGCUCUGAGUGUGGUAAAAGAUUUAACGCUCCAGGGGCUCUCAUCAGACACAUGUUAGUUCACACAGUGGAAAAACCUUUCAGCUGCUCUGAGUGCGGUAAGAGAUUCAAAUCUCAGUGGAAUCUUAAAGGACACAUGGUAGUUCACAGAAAGAAGAAACCGUACAGUUGCCCUAUGUGUGGUAAAAGAUUCAACCGUCAAAGGAAUCUGAAGGGACACAUGUUAGUUCACACAGGAGAGAAACCGUACAGUUGCCCUAUGUGUGGUAAAAGAUUCAACCGUCAAACGAAUCUGAAGGGACACAUGUUAGUUCACACAGGAGAAAAACCAUUUAGCUGCUCUGAGUGUGAUAAAAAAUAUUUUGAAAAAAGGUCUCUCAGCAGACACAUGUUAGUUCACACAGGGGAGAAACCAUUUAGCUGCUCUGAGUGUGAUAAAAAAUAUUCUGAUAAAAGGGAUCUGGCCAAACACAUGUUUGUUCACACGGGGGAGGAACCUUUCAGCUGCUCUGAGUGUGACAAAAAAUAUUUUGAAAAAAGGUCUCUCAGCAGACACAUGUUAGUUCACACAGGGGAGAAACCAUUUAGCUGCUCUGAGUGUGAUAAAAAAUAUUCUGAUAAAAGGUCUCUGGCCAAACACAUGUUUGUUCACACGGGGGAGGAACCUUUCACCUGCUCUGAGUGCUGUAAAAGAUUCAGAUCUCAUAAUGCUCUCAACAGACACAUGUUAGUUCACACAGGUGAGAAACCUCUCAGCUGCUCUGAGUGCGGUAAAAAAUAUUGUUAUAAAAGAUCUCUGGCCCAACACGUGUUAGGUCACACAGAGAAGAAACAUUUCAGCUGCUCUGAGUGUGAUAACAAAUAUUGUGAUAAAAGAUAUCUGACCUCAAACAUGUUAGUUCACACUGGGAGGAUAAAGAAAACUGUUUAG